GCUCUGCCAAUCCCGGAUUCCCCGGGGCAGGCGUGGCAGGGAAGCCCCCGCCCCUCCCUGCUGGCCAGCGUCACGCGUGACGUCCCGCGUGAUGGCUGGAAGGGCUGUGGCGACGCCCGAAGAGGAAGGCGGGUCUGAGAGCUGCGGAGAGCUGGGGAAAGCAAAAUGGGUGAAUUGCCCUUGGAUAUCAACAUCCAGGAACCUCGCUGGGACCAAAGCACAUUCCUGGGCAGAGCCCGGCACUUCUUCACUGUUACUGAUCCCCGAAAUCUGCUGCUGUCUGGGGCACAGCUGGAAGCAUCUCGGAAUAUCGUGCAGAACUACAGGGCUGGUGUGGUGACCCCAGGGCUCACCGAGGACCAGCUGUGGAGGGCCAAGUAUGUGUACGACUCUGCCUUCCAUCCGGACACAGGGGAGAAGGUGGUCCUGAUUGGCCGCAUGUCAGCCCAGGUGCCCAUGAACAUGACCAUCACUGGCUGCAUGCUCACCUUCUACAGGAAGACCCCGACCGUGGUGUUCUGGCAGUGGGUGAACCAAUCCUUCAAUGCCGUCGUUAACUACUCCAACCGCAGUGGCGAUGCUCCCAUCACUGUGGGGCAGUUGGGAACAGCCUAUGUGAGUGCCACCACAGGGGCUGUGGCCACGGCCCUGGGACUCAAAUCCCUCACCGAGCACCUGCCCCCGCUGGUUGGCAGAUUUGUGCCCUUUGCAGCUGUGGCAGCUGCCAACUGCAUCAAUAUCCCUUUGAUGAGGCAGAGGGAGCUGCAGGUGGGCAUCCCGGUGACUGACGAGACAGGUCAGAGGCUUGGCCACUCGGUGACCGCGGCCAAACAGGGAAUCUUCCAGGUGGUGAUAUCGAGAAUCUGCAUGGCGAUUCCUGCCAUGGCCAUCCCCCCGGUGAUCAUGGACUCCCUGGAGAAGAAAGACUUCCUGAAGCGCCGCCCCUGGCUGGGGGCGCCCCUGCAGGUGGGACUGGUGGGCUUCUGCCUGGUGUUCGCCACCCCUCUGUGCUGUGCCCUCUUCCCCCAGAGGAGCUCCAUACACGUGAGCAGGCUGGAGCCGGAGCUGAAAGCUCAGAUCCACGAGCAAAACCCCAGCAUCGAAGUGGUUUACUACAACAAAGGGCUUUGAGGGAGGGUCAGCCUGUCUCCUCCCUCACCUCCUUGGGCUGUUGCUUCAGCGGAACCUUGUGAUCCCUGCCACUCGCCUACCACCUGGUACCAGGCAGGG